UUUUGCAAUCGUGACUUGACUCUAGGCAAAGAAGUGAGUGUACAUAACUAUAUAUGUAGUAUUUGUGGGCAAUAAUAAUGCGUUAAACUAAACACCACUCAAACACAAUUAGUGUCAAUACAGAUAACAGUGACAUUAAGUGAAUCCAUAAACCUAAAGUUGAUCAUGGAACAGUACUGUCCUCCUGCCCAUGUUCUAAUCUUUCCCUUUCCGGCGCAGGGACAUGUAAACUCCAUGCUCAAGCUAGCUGAGCUUCUUGGCCUUGCCGGCAUUCAUGUCACCUUCCUCAACACUGAUUUCAUCCACGAACGCCUUGUCCGCUACACCGAUAUCGAAACCCGUUUUAGUUGUUAUCCAGGGUUCCAAUUCAAGACCAUCUCUGAUGGCCUUUCCGCUGACCACCCACGAUCUCUUAUCAAGUUCAUCGAAGUGUAUGACUCGUUAAAUUCGAAAACCAAGCUUCUUCUUAGGGAGAUGCUGGCUUCAAAUCAACUUAUUGGCUCCAACACUAGGCCUUCCUUGACUUGCAUCAUAGUUGAUGGACUCAUUGGCGGUUUUACCAGUGAUAUUGCCAAUGAGUUUCGAAUUCCAAUCAUUUAUUUUCGUACCAUCAGUGCCUGCUGCUUUUGGGCUUAUUUUUCUGUUCCUAAAAUCAUUGAAGCUGGCCAGAUUCCUGUUAGAGGAAAUGAGGACAUGGACCGCUUGAUAACAACUGUGCCAAGCAUGGAAAGUUUUCUCCGUUACCGAGACCUCCCAAGUUUUUGCCAAGUCAACGACCUAAACCACUGCAAUCUCCAUAUCUUUGUGAGCGAGACUCAACAAAGUCCUCGAGCACAUGCCCUCAUACUUAACACGUUUGAAGAUCUAGAAGGACCUGUACUCUCCCACAUACACACUCAUUGUUCCAAAGUCUACACCAUUGGACCCCUCCACAUGCACCUAAAAUUCCGACUCGAAGCCAAAACAUCAUCGUCCCAAUCUCAAUCUUCAAACAACCUGUAUGAAGUGGACAAGAGUUGCAUAACAUGGUUGGAUGCUCAACCAUUGAAGUCUGUAAUCUAUGUAAGCUUUGGAAGCAUUAUGACUAUCACAAAGGACAAGCACAUCGAGUUUUGGUUUGGUUUGGUGAAUAGCAAACAACGGUUCUUAUGGGUUAUACGAUCUGACUUAGUUGUAGGAGAGCACAAUAGGAAUGAGGUUCCAGAGGAGCUGCUAAAAGGGACAAAAGAGAGAGGGUACAUAGUGAGUUGGGCCCCACAAGAGGAGGUCCUAGCCCACCAUGCAAUAGGUGGGUUUUUGACCCACAGUGGGUGGAACUCAACCUUAGAAAGUAUAGUAGCUGGGGUGCCCAUGAUCUGUUGGCCGUUCAUUGGAGAUCAACAAUUGAAUAGUAGGUUUGUAAGUGAGGUUUGGAAGUUAGGGUUGGACAUGAAGGAUGCAUGUGAUAGAUUCAUUGUAGAAAAGAUGGUGAAUGAUUUGAUGUGGAGGAGGAGGGAGGUGUUCAUGAAAUCAACUGAUGAGAUGGCUUGGUUGGCAAGAAAAAGUGUGAGCGAAGGUGGAUCCUCUUAUUAUAAUUUGGACCGUUUGGUCAAAGAUAUCAGGUUUAUGAGCAUGGAAGCAAAUUAAACGGUUUCCAUGUGUCAAAUAAUGAUAUUUCUCUCAUAAGGGGAUAUUGAACA